AUGGGCACUCCGAGAUUUUCUUAUUCCAAGGUUACUUAUCAUCUACAAAGAGUAAACUUCAGGAAUCAGUUUGGAGAUUAUGUUUUUUUUGAUGAGAAAGGCAAUCCUCCGGCUUCCUAUGAUAUCAUUAACUGGCAGCUCAAAAAUGGACAGGUACAACAUGUGACUGUGGGUCAUUUUGGAUCUACUAAAAAUGGAGAUUAUUCACUAACCAUACAGGAGGAAAAAAUAGUUUGGAGGACAGGAAACAACGUUCCUACAUCACUGUGCUCUAAUGAUUGCCCAACAGGGACAAGGAAAGCCCAAAUCAGAGGGAAACCAACAUGCUGUUUUGAUUGCAUCCCAUGUGCAGAUGGAACAAUAGCCAAUAUAACAGGUGCAAUGGACUGCAAAGCCUGUCCCAAGGAAUACUGGUCCAAUAAGAGACGAAAUGAGUGUAUUCCAAAAGUGAUCGAGUUUCUGACGUACUCUGAGCCCAUGGGAAUAGCUCUCACAGCUGUAGCCUUGCUAGGGGCCUUCCUGUCUCUGCUCACGCUGACAAUUUUUAUCCACUAUAGAGAAACUCCAGUAAUAAAGGCCAGCAACUGGGAGCUAAGCUGCUUCUUGUUGUUUUCUCUCUUUCUGUGUUUUCUUUGCCCUCUCACUUUCAUUGGUAGACCUACAGCCUGGACAUGCAUGCUGCGCCACACAGCUUUUGGUGUGACAUUUGCACUUUGUAUUUCCUGCGUCUUAGGAAAAACGAUUGUUGUUGUAACUGCAUUCAAAGUCGUACACCCCAGCAACAAAGUUAUAGGACAGUUUGGUCCAAUUCAACAAAGAAUUAUCGUUUGCUCUUGCACUUUGAUUCAAGCAAUUAUAUGUAUAUUAUGGCUGAAGUUAAAUCCACCUUUUCCUGACAAAAUUUUCAGAUACAGUAACAAGAAAAUAGUUUUAGAAUGCAACACAGGGUCUGAGGUUGCUUUUUAUGCAGUACUAGGAUACAUAGGGAUUCUUGCAGUAAUAUGUUUAAUCCUUGCAUUUCUAGCAAGAAAAUUGCCAGAUAAUUUUAAUGAAGCCAAAUGCAUAACUUUCAGCAUGCUGAUAUUCUGUGCUGUCUGGAUCACUUUUAUCCCAGCAUAUGUCAGCUCUCCAGGAAAAUUUACUGUAGCUGUGGAGAUUUUUGCAAUUUUGUCAUCUGCAUUUGGUUUACUGAUCAGCAUAUUUGCCCCAAAAUGUUACAUAAUCUUGAUAAAGCCAGAGAAAAACACAAAAAAGUAUGUCAUGAGAACAAAUGGCAAUAAAAAUCAUAAUUUGAAAAUAAAAGAUAAUAUUCACUCUCUUUACACGAUUCCAGUGUAUGAGUGAGACGUUCCAAAAUAAUUAGUAAAAAACUUGAAUAGUUAUAUAC